AUGUUCCAGAGCAAGAGUGGAAUGAUCGAACCAACAGCAGAAAAGCUCUACCGAAUGAAGAGCAACAGCAUCAUGCCAAAGUAUUUACGCAUGGAUAAUGCUGGAGAAAACAAGAAACCCGAGAAGAGAUGUGAAAGCAAAGACUGGAGACUUGGACUCGCCUAUGUGUGCACUGCAAGAGACACACCGCAGCAGAACUCACCAGUGGAAGUUGGGUUUCGUGUUAUCGGAAACAGAGCCAGAGCCAUGUGUACCGAUGCCAACGUACCAGAAUAUGUGAGACAUUUGGUGUUCCCGAAAGCAGCAGAAACAGCAACCAAACUCGAUGGAUUGGUACCAGUGCGAUUGGAAGGAACACUGAAGACGCGAUACGAGCACAUUCUGGGUGAAAAUCCACCGUAUGUUGAUCACCUCAAGAGGAGAAGCAGCAAGAAAGCUGGAGAGGGAACAAACAACGAGGAUACGUUGGUCGACUCGAAUGAAAUCGGCGUCGAAGAAGAAUUCCAAGGAGAAGAGAACCUGGAAGAAGGGAACGAAGAACCGGAAGGUGAAGAACCUGGCGACACAGGAGAAGUCGAAGGGGCAGUACCCAAAACAAGGCAGACACGAUCAGGUCGCACGGUGAAGGGACCAAAUAGAUUAAUAGAGACCAUGGAGGUUGGUGGCGCAACCGCAGAUUACAAGAUUGGCCUAAAAGCGACAGAAGAACGCUACUAUGAUGCCAUGGAACGUUUCCCAGAAGCAUUUGGAGAAGUGGCAUGUGUCGGUGCCGGCAUUGGUGGAGGAUUUACCAACGCGCAUGAACUACACGUGCUCACAUAUAACGAAGCAAUGGCCACCGGUGACAAAGAAGAGUGGCAAGAUGCUGUCGAAGAAGAAUACCAAAAAGGUCGAUGA